ACACGGCCAAGCUAUUGUGAUUAAGGGGACUACGCAUUGCUCAAUAGCGAGUACCCCUCCCUGGAUAAUGAUUGACUUUGGCGCGUUGGCUGCAUGUUGCUCCCGAUGCUGGAUUUGUGGAAAACUGAGGCAGCUCCGAUCGUGUACGUACAAAACCAAUGCAGUGUGUUUGAAGCGCACAAGGUUAGGGAUCGCCGUUAUAGCGCCAAACGGUUGUUCAAGUUUUGUAUACUGCAGCUAGAAGAGAGAAGGCUCUACCUCACCACAUCAACCUAAGUCAGAAAACACCCGGACACCCUCGUGCUUCAAGCAUUGAUUCACACAUACAGUCUACAUGUGUACGGGUAGAUUGGGCAAUGUCAUACAGCCCUGCAUGACAAUAUUCACUGCCAUUGACUAGCUAGGUACACUAGCAGUCUCGCAUCGUUGUAGGUUCAUAAAUACAGCCAACAAUUCAAACGGCUUGUGUGGGGCCAAUAAUUGAGGAUCUCUCUGCUGAUUGUACGGCCCGGUAGUAGUAUACCCACUGCCGAUUCGAGCGAGAGUAACUACCACGGACCGGCGGUAAGAAGAUAGACAAAUCAUGGAGCAAACCAAUGAGCAAGGAACGGGGGCUGCGAUGAUGGGGAGGCGGAUAGAAUUGGAGUGUCGAGGAAAAUGUCCGGAAAAGGUCAAAGAAUUAAAUUUGGACAAUUGCCGGAGUGACAAAGGAGCGAUCGAGGGAUUGAAUGAAAGUUACGAAUCUUUGGAAGUCCUAAGCCUCAUUAACACAGGAUUAACGACACUCAAAAACUUCCCUGCACUUCCCAAUCUCAGAAAGCUUGAAUUGAGUGAAAACAGAAUAUUGGCGGGUCUUGGGGUAUUGGUAAACUGUCCCAAAUUAACACAUAUAACUUUGAGCAAUAACAAAAUCAAAGAUCUGGACGCGUUACAGCCACUGACCAAACUAGAGAACCUACAGGCAAUAGACCUCUAUCACUGUGAGGUCACGAAUAUCGAAGGGUACAGAGAAAAGGUGUUUGAGCUCCUUCCGCAGCUGAAGUACUUGGACGGUCUGGACAGAUUCGACAAGGAGGAGAAUGAUUCAGAGGAAGAUGAUCUGGACGAUGUUGACUUGUCGGGCGAUGACAGCGGCUCGGAGAACGACGAUGAUGAUGAUGAAGAAGCCGGCGGUGAUAUCGUCGUAGAAGAUGAUUCUGACGAAGAUUCAGAUGAUGAUGAUGAAGCUAACGUCUACGUCAGCGACGAUGAUGAUGAUGACGACGACGAUGACGACGACGACGACGACGAUGAUGAUGACGAUGAUGAAGACGAAGAAGAUGAUGAAGAUGCGACGGGAGGAAAGGUCGAGGUAGAUGUCGACGAUGGAGAUAGCGAUAGCGGGUCAGAGGUCGGACUUGACUACCUCCAAAAGUCGGACCUUGUGGAUGAUGAAGAAGAUGAAGAAGAUUUCAACCCUGACGGUGAGGUCGAUGACGACGAUGAUCUUGACGAUGAUGAAGAUGACGUUCUACAAGCAGAAGAUCCAGAGCAGAGGGGUCAGAAACGGAAACGAGAUCCAAAUGAAGAAGACGAAGAAGAUGAUGAAUAAUUUCCAUGACAACCGUAAAUCGUUGUUUUAUAUUCUGUCCUCUCUUUUUUGUUUCAGUUUGUUUUAUUUUUGAGUGGAAAUUACUCACUUGGACACUUGUACAAAGAAAGACUAACGACUGGCAAAAAAAAAAAAAAAAAAACUUAAAAAAAAAAACCACAGGGAAUUGUGAGAUGCACUAUCCCACCGGACCAAGGGCAUGUACUGUUAUUGCGACUCUAAAAAAAAAAAAGACACUUUCCUCUCAUAAUCGGCAGGUAAACGUAAUGUUUGUAAUUCAGGUAAAUCGGGGGUACGGGGUACUGGAGAGGGGUCUUGAAGUUUGGGCAUUAUUCAUCUGACUAAAUGACGACUCUAAGAUGCCAUAGAGCUUAACACUUGUUAUGCCCCUUGGUCUUUGCCUUGGUGCCCUUUGACUUGUUAGUACGAAGGGUUGAUUUUCCUUAACGUGGGUGCCUUUUUUACUGACGGAAAGGUUGCCUUCAAGAUUUAACUUUUCAAGGCGGCUUUGGGGGUGUAGUGACAUUCAGAGGGAGGGGGGUGGGGAGUGAAUCGCUGCAGCCUUAUUGUCGUUCGGCAGCUUUUGAUCGGGGAUAAAGUUUUUUAUACGAGACCAAAGAGAUUUGGAAAAUGUCUUUUAUCGUUGAAUGAUGGGGAGUGCGUUUAGAUGUCACGUGAUGUCCAGAUCCCAGUGUUUUCUGGGGGAAGAAGAUUCGUUUUUUGAAUCAUUAAUUUUAUUAAGUCUUAUUUUCUUCGGUUGUUGCUAAUGUGAGUUUGAAUUGAUAUACCCCACUUGUACUAUCUUUAAAAUAUAAUAAUAUUUCUGUGGUUUUGACUAUGUAAAUUGUUUCCAUGGAAAAAUGCUGGCCAGCUUUGAAUUUUAAUUCAGUUUAAUUCUUGAGCUGGUGGUCUCGUUCGUCCUUCAUUUGAGGGACGGACAAAUAUUUUUUUCCGUUCUUCCUUUAUGACGGGAGAAAAAUGAAGUAGUUAUUGUAGAUAUGUGAAUUGAGCGAGAUGCUCCAACUACCAAAUAAUCUUGUUUUAUUAAUUCAAGAUCUUAAUAUCUGGGGUGCAUUUUGGCGUCUGUAACCAAAAACUGUUUUGGUCAAUGGCCAGUAAUCAACUAAUGGCAAGUUCAACUGAAACAGUUAUUGGUUAUGACCUCGAGAUUGCACCCCUGAAAACAAACAUUUCUGCAGCUUCUCAUUGCUUUCAGUUUGUCCUUGUUGCAAUUUAGAACGUUGAGAAUGCAGUCUGUGCACUGCUGCCCAAAGUGGAUUCGGCUACGCUGCCGAUUUAGCUGUUUAUCAAAGGUCAGCUGUCCCAUUGGUUGAUCUGGUUUAUUCGCCAUACAGGCAUGUCAUACGGAAUGGAUACUCUAUGUCCGUUGCUGACAUAGAGGGCGUGCAUGGCAGACAGUAAACAUGACUUAAUUGAGCUCCACUUUCUCAUUUUCCUUAGUUACAUAAACACCACUGGUGAUUUCAGGGGAAAUAUUGCAUAUUAUUAACUUUAUUUAGAAGCACAAUAUGGGAACAGUCAAAAUUGGUAUACACCGCUUAGCAACUGAAUUCUUUUUCAGAUGUUUUUAAAGUUCAACACUACUUAGGGUGAAGUUAGCAUAUCAAAGCAGCCGACACGCGCAACUUAAACACCAUGACCGUACCCGAAAACACAAUGAAGUGCAUCACUUUGCAUCCUUCACAUUAGCAGUUUUUUUCAUUUUUGUGUAAGUUCCUGAAACCAACCAAAAAAAUGUUUCAACAUUCGAAUGGACAUGUAGGCUUAUUCUGAACCACAGAAAAAAACCAAGAGUUCAAUUGCCGCUUUACAGAUUUUACUGAUUGAAGAAACAUUCCAAGGGCCUUAUUACAGUUCAUUGUUUUUAAGCCAAUUCAUCAAAAUUUGGGUCCACGUUUUUGGAUAAAAACCUUGGGAGAAGUCUUUGCCUGUGACUAUGCCAAGUAUUUGAAGACUAUUUGGUUAUAAGCAAGUUUUGUGAAGCAGUUGGGGGCAAAGAUUAUAGAGCGCCGCAAGAUGCGGAACUGAAGCUUUAUCUAUUGUUGGGACGUGAAAAUACGCAUGGGCGCCAUUUCAGCAAGUGAAUGUUUUGUUUCCCAUUGAUAGGAAUGGUCAUUGUCUGCACUGAUCUGCACUGAUCUACUGUUGUAUCCAAAGAAUUAUUUGCCGAAAUGGCGUCCAGUGGGAUUUCACAUUUCAGCCCAGGAGCCGCAUCUUGCGCCUUGCGGCACUCUAUAAUCAUUGGUUAGGGGUUUGUUAAAGGGGGGCGGGGCUUAAGAAGCAUCAAGCUUGUACAUGUGUAAGUAUGUAAACAGAGAUUGCAGUUUUGUUUUUUUUACAAUUUAGUACAUUUAGAAUAUAGACAUUGCUUAAUGCUCACACACAAAUGGAAAUUCUUGAUUUUUUUUAUUUUAUUUUCAUGUUGGUAGCGUUUCAGCGCAAAAGCUUUUGUCCCAGACAGAAAUCAUUGCUUAGCAAGUAUAUUUGAUAUAUUGUGCUCUUAACCACUAUCAUUAAAAGAAAAUGAAAGCAUAUUUUUUGGCAACAGUUUUUGUCUGAAAAGUAAUUUUGGCUGAAACACUAUGGUUGGUUGCACAACCAUGAGCACCAGUGCACCGUAGAAUAACACUUAGUAAUACUUGUAUAGUUUUAAGUUAUUAGUUACGUUUCUUUUGUUAUUUUUCUUAUUUUUAAACGGAAUAUUGUGGGUUUUUUUUUUUUUACAAGAUGCCCAAUUGUUAAAUUUCAAUCGUCAAUGAAUUUCAAAUUCUGUAAAAACUAGUAGUUCAACAAAAAUACUUAUUUCCAGAUCGUGGAGUAUGAACACAAGUGAUAAUUUAUAAUUUUGUUAUAAAAGUUAUUCUUUUGUUGAUGUAAACUUAAAGUUUAUUUUUUUUGGGGGGGGGCACAUGGGUCUGUUGAUUUAGUACAUUAAACCGUUAACAAUUAAGCUUCCAUAGCAACUGCUCCUUCAAAUUACCCAGUGUUAACAUUGCAAGAGACUUGUGCAAGUCUUUCGCCCGUUCUCAGUUCACCUUGUUAUAAUUUCAUUUUUUGUAAACACAUAACCUGGCUACCAUCAGUCACUUCAUGUAUUUUACAUCAAAUGGAUGUACCUGUAUGUAGUAUAUCAGCAUUAAGUCCAGAGUUAUCUGGUAGCCAGGUUAGCUCCUUUGAAGUUCAAUGAUCUUUCUUUCCUCGGAUGUAUAAUAUUGUACCCUUUAUUGUUGGAACAGUCCCAAGUUCGUGUCGACAGAAUGGAUGUUUUUUUUUCUGUUGUAAUAAAUUUUUAAGAAACCCAA